CAUCCAAAGGAUCAUGACGUGAUCUGUAUAACAGGAAAGCAGAUAUUACGGUUCUGUAGGUUGGUGGAGGGGACACUAAAGUCAUUCGGAUUUGCCAAGGGGGACUCAUACAACUGUACCGUACAUACCUGGCUCUCUCCCAGGCAUGUUCUUGUAGCGGCAGAAAAUUCAAGAAUUAUACUAUUUGAAGACGCUGAUCUUAAGAUGAGUUGUAGUAUCACAGAUCUUCUAGAUAACCCAUCUCAGGAGAAAGAUGGCCUCCAUGAGAUCGGGUUCCUCCUGGCCUACUCGAAGGGGUUCGCCUGCUCCCACGGGAAGGACUGCGUCUUCCUGUUUGAGCAAGAGGUCCUCGCUAACGACGAGAUUCAGUUUAAGAUGAUGAAGAAGAUAAGUUUACCAAAAUCUAUUCUAAACGAGGACAGUGUUGAUACAAGGAGCGUCAGGAAUACAAGAAUUCAGAGGUUGACUAUGAACCCGAAGGAGGAUUUAUUGAUAGCUCUGUCCUCGGACCUUCUCAUCUAUUCCUUCAAUAUCAAACCAAAGGAGAAGUCUGCUAAGCAGAACCUGUUUUCUGUCUUCUUGUAUCCGUUUCACAGCAGUUCUAUUCUUGGUCUUGAUAUAUGUCACAGGAAACCUUUGAUCCUCACAUGCAGUAAAGAUAAUACUAUCAGAAUCUGGAACUUCAAUACAUUGAAGCUAGAAUUGGGCAAAAGAUUCAGGAAAAUUCUUUCUGAAUCAUGA